AUGGAAACAGCCAGAAACACUCAAAUUACACUGAAAUUCCCACCCCUUGACAGAAGUCAGAAGGUGAAAAAUUAUGAUCGUCCUGAUGUUCUGCAUGACACCUUUAAAACUCUGUCAGCCCUCCAUAAGCUGCUGCCAAGUCGUCUGACAGACGUGCUCUACUCCUACAAAAGUGAAGAGGACAAAAGAAAAUGUAGGGAUUCUGAACUAUCUGGCUUAGAAAGGAUGUUAGCAAGACAGCAGUUGCUCGAAGAGAUUCACCUGACUCCAAAGCCAAGCAGUCAGCUCAUAUGGAAAAGAAGAGCCAACGACAAUGCAAGUCAUGGGUGGAAGAGAUGCCGAUUAUGGAGAAAAGCCAUAAAGGAGCCUCCAAUGUCAACUGUAGUUGUAAGAUGGCUGAAGAGGAACCUGCAGCCCACAGAGGAUAUCCAGUCUGUCAUCCAGAAGCUGUCAGUGUUCGGCCCCAUCCAGUCAUUCACGCACUGCGGCCGACAGAGUGCUGUGGUGGUAUUUAAAGACGUGACCUCAGCGUGCAAUGCUGUGAAUGCCUUUUCGAGCAGGAGCCCAGGCAACAGCAAUUCAGUUCAGUGUUCCUGGCAACAGCAAUUCAUGUCAAAGGAUGUAAGGUUCCUAUGCAAAUCCUUACAGCUUACUCUACAGAAUUCUUUCCCCCAUCAGGUUAAGUACCAUUGUCACAAGAGAGAUGUUAGCACUGAAAAAGGCACAAUUGAAGUUUAUUUAGUUCAAGCAUUAGUGAUCAGAGUUGUAUCACACCACUUUCUUAGAUGCCCUUGA